AUGACUCGCACUGUCAACACUAUUCUUCAAGGCCUUUUCUCUUGGAAAAGCUCGCAGCGUUUAGUACACAUUCACAGGGCGAGUCCCACUGACCUUCGCGUUACGAGAAAUUGCUUCAGCUCCACUGCGAGACCAGUUUUGCCGCGGUCAAGAAGCAAUGGGCUACUACUUUACUCGACUGCCUUUUUAACCAUAUUUGGAGGCGGAUAUGUGGCAUUCGAAAAGAACGAGCCAUUCAGACACUCAAUUUUGGCUGUUGUUCGAUGCUCUAGAGUGGCAGAGGCUGCAGUAGUCGGAGCUAUCGACUACAAAUGGACAUUUACCCGUACAUAUGAUUCAGAAGAGAAGCGACUCGAAGCUUAUUCACACUGUCAUACAAGAAGUGCAAAAAGAGCGCUGAAAGCUCUUCUGGCCAAUGGAGGUGUUUUCAUAAAACUAGGCCAACAUAUGUCUUCUUUGGUAGUACUUCCAACAGAGUGGACAAGUACAUUACGUCCUUUGCAAGACAAGUGCGAACCAACCCCAUACGGUGAUGUGGACGCGUUGUUUCUUUCAGAUAUGGGAAGGCCCAUUGGCGAAAUCUUCGAUAAUUUUGAUCCAAUUCCAGUCGGUGUCGCAAGUCUGGCUCAGGUACACGUCGGGCACCAUAGGGAGACUAAUAAAAAGGUCGCCAUCAAGUUACAACACCCUCAUCUCGCCGAGUUUUGUGACAUUGACAUGGAAAUGGUAGAGGUCUCCCUUGGUUGGAUCAAGCGCUGGUUUCCCGACUUUGAGCUCACAUGGUUAGGUGAAGAAAUGCGGGAAAAUCUCCCGAAAGAGAUGGACUUUGUUCAUGAGGCUCGCAAUGCUGCCCGAGCAGUGUCCGAUUUUCGAAAUAUUUGUACCUCAUUAUAUAUUCCCGAGGUUAUCACUGCCACGAAAAGGGUUCUAAUCAUGGAAUACAUCGAGGGUGCCCGGCCUGAUGACUUGCAGUACCUCGCAGACAACCACAUAGACAGGAAUAAGGUCGCUCUAGAAUUAUCUCGAAUAUUUAAUCAGAUGGUAUUUAUGAAUGGAUGGUUUCAUGCAGAUCCACAUCCGGGCAAUUUACUGAUUCGACGUGCACCUUCUUCGUCUAUAUCCCCCUACAAUUUUGAAAUCGUCCUUUUGGACCACGGCCUAUAUUUCGAUUUGGACCCUAACUUCCGUUUAAAUUACAGUAAACUAUGGCUUUCCUUGAUCGCUCCUGCCUCACCUACUACCAAUGCUGACAGAAGGAAGUAUGCAGAGUUGGUGGGAAAUAUCACUCCGGACCUGUACCCAGUUUUUGAAGCGGCGAUUACUGGUAAGUUGAUGAGCUCAUUUGAUACCUCUCUGGACUCACUGCUUGUCCAGGACGAGCUGGCAUGGAAGGAACAUGGGAAGAUGGGCAGGAGCGGAUUCAAGCGGGCUUCGAGUAUGAUUGAUAUGAUGCCUCAGACUGAAGAAGAGAUGGAAGUCAUUAGAAACGCUGUGAUCAAUCGUGAAGGACUUCUCAUUUCAGUAUUUGAUGUCCUGCGCCGGGUUCCUCGCCGGGUCCUUAUGGUGUUGAAAUUAAACGAUUUGACUAGAAAUAUCGAUCAUGCUUUGGCGACUACUCAUUCGAACGUGCGCAUAUUUCUGGAAACAGCAAAAUACUGUACUAUGGCAGUCUGGCAAGACGAUCGACAACGGAUUAGAGCAAGGGGUCUGAAUUCCGUCAGCACAGUUUAUGAAUACAUAAGCUGUUGGGUAGCUUACCAAAAGGCAUACCGGGGUGUUGUUACUUUAGAGAUGAUGAUGGACCUACAAGCAUCAGCCAAGAAUUUCAUCGCAUGGCUACGUGGUUUCUUGCACACCAGGGCAUUAGAAGGUGCACACAAAGCUGCUGCAGGUAUUGCAUAA